AUGAGUAUCGGACUAAAUGAGAUGAGCGACAGGGCUAGGGCGUACCCCGCAGGCGACGCGCAGGGGCAGCACCCGGCUCCGGUGGGAAAUGGACAAGGGUUGUCGCACCAGCCCGGGCGGGGGCGACGUAAGAAGCGAGCCCGGGAACCUAAGUAUGUGAGAUUGAGGAAGAGUGAUAGAAUCAUAGCGAUGAAAGUGAUGCUGGAAAACGUCACACUCAAUUUAAUAAGUGUGUAUGCACCCCAGAGUGGAUGUGACGAUGUAGCGAAAGAGAAGUUUUGGGAGGAUUUUGACGCAGUGACCAUGACUAUACCGGCAAAUGAGGAGAUAUAUGUGGGUGGGGAUUUUAAUGGACAUGUUGGAAGAAUGAAUGUUGGAACCGAACGGCCCCCUGCAAAGAUAAGAUGGCAUAUGCUAGAGAAGAAUGAAUGUGCUAUAAAGUUUAAAGAACGUGUGAUAGAUAAAAUGAUAGAAAUGAAUGGAAUGGAAGGAUUGAAUGCAAACGAAUGUUGGAACGAGAUGGCAAAUUAUAUACGAAGAGUAGCAAAAGAUGUCUUGGGAGAGUCGAAAGGGAAAGGUGUGAUAGAUAAGGAAACGUGGUGGUGGAAUGAGGAGGUACAGGGAGUAUUAAAGAAAAAGAAGCAAGCAUUUAAAGAAUGGCAAAGUGUUGAAACUGGGCAGGAAGUUGAGAAGGAAAUAAAGAGGACAGAGUAUAUAGAAUGUAAGAAGAAAGCAAAGCGUGCAGUUGCUAUAGCCAGAACCGCAGCACAGGACAAUUUGUACGAGUCUUUAAAUAGCCCUAAAGGCGAAAAGCAGCUGUACCGCCUAGCGAAAGCGAGAGAAAGAAGUUCUCGGGAUAUGGCUCAUAUAAAAUGUGUGAAAGAUGAUGCAGGUAAGGUGAUUACGAAAGAUGAAGCGAUAAAAGAACGUUGGAAAGUCUACUUCGAAAGGUUGAUGAAUGAAGAAAAUGAAUGGGGCAGGGUGCUAGAGCACAGGCUGAUAAAUAUGGGUGCAGUGAAAGAAAUAUGUAUGGAUGAAGUAAGAACGGCUGUGAGAAGUAUGAAAAAUGGAAAAUCUGUAGGACCAGAUGAUAUACCAGGAGAGGUAUGGAAGUUAUUGCGUGAGGAUGGAUGUAUGUGGCUGACUUUAUUCUUCAAUAAGUUGUUGCAUGAAGAAACAAUCCCCGACGAAUGGUACUAG